UUAUGGGCUGUAAGUAAGAAGCCAGAGCCGGAGUCCAUCAAGAGGUGAACAUCACACGAGGUAGCAGACGACGUGCAUGUGCUGCUCAUGGCAAGAGCUACGUUGUUGCUUCGCUAUGCUCACUACCUAAGAAUGCCAUUUGGGAGGCUCGUUGAGCCCUGCUCGCGAGUUUUUCAUACAGAUGUUGGGCAUCAGCAUCCCAUCCGAUCAGCACACAUUAUUCGGGACUCGCGCUGGGGACGCCUCAAAGCGGCCUUCGCUUGGUAUUCCUCGGAACAAUACAAGAUGAAACGUGCAACUGUGUACAUUUACGAAAGCUGCGUCGAUGGCGUGGAUCUUGGCAGGUUUUUUAAGUACCUCAAGAUACCUGAUACGUUCUUGUCAUGGUUUUUCAUAACUGAACUGCACGUAUGGAUCUGUCUGACCCGUGUGAUGGCUGAACAGGACGAGAGAAAAGCCCUUUAUUUGCGCAAUGAGAUAAUCACUAACAUGUGGAGCGACACCCAACAACGUAUCAAGAAAUUGGCCAGGAUGCCUCUCGAGUUUCAGAAGGAGGGAAUGCAAGACCUGUCUGAACAUUUCCAAGCUGCAAUGACGCUUUACGACGAGGGGCUACAGGGUGAUGACAAAGCGUUAGCUAGUGCCUUGUGGAGAGUCUUACUAGCUUGCGAUGGAGAGGAUCUCGCAUCUCUGGAAACCCUCAUCCACUAUGUUAGGAAUCACGUGCACAAGUUUGACAAGAUGAGCUUUGAGGAGUUUAUUGCGGAAGGCAACAUCACUUGGACACCACUGUUAGACUUUGUUCCUAGAGAUAUGCGAUAAUUAAUUUUUAGUUGUUAUCUAAGACUGUUUCAAUUAAAAUUAAUACGAGCAAAA